AUGGACGACUUGGCCCGCAUCAAACAAGUCCUAGAAGAAGACCCCUCGCUGAGAUGGGGCUUCGUCAUCUACCGCUGCACCUACGGCAACGACAAAGCCUGGGACCGCUUCAUGAAGCGCCUCAACAAGCGCACGCGGCUCAACCUAGAAGAAGAAGGGGCCGGCCACCUCUUCGAACGCAUAGACUGGUGUGUCCAGGACGACGUUCGAUUGAGCAAGGCUAGUGCCUCGGAUGUGCGCAGGCGGUUCCGACGCUGGAUUAAGGAAGGAGGUGAAAAGGACUAUUGGAACGGCACCGCGCGCUUCAUGGCCUGCGUUAUGGUGGACAAACUGGAUCUGCAGUCUGUCCUGAAGGGACCCCCGCCCCAGGAGUUGGAUACUUUUGGCGUGGGUUCCGUGACGCUGGUGUCGCUGAAUCGGAAGCAAGGAGAGACGUUAGUGGGUCUGUCGUAUCUAGUCCCACGCGUGUAUUCGCUGUUGGAAGACCCGGGCUGGGAGAACUUUGCCGUUGAGGAGGGGGAGGUUGCGACACCGUAG